AUGGCUGAGCAGGAAAAUCGCGGAGGUCGUGGUCGUAGUCGUGGACGAAGAGGUCGUGGCGGCAGAGGAUGCGGUCAACCUACCGAUGACGAUUAUUAUACUGAUGCGAGAGAUGCUGAAAUUGAGGAAAAUGACAGACGGAUCCAAGAACUCGAACAACUGCUUGCAGAGGCACAGUUGCACGGGUCAGAAGGGAGACAAGAAUCUGAACUGUCAUCUCCAGAGGAAGAGGAGGACGAAAAUCCAUUUUGGAACCGCGAAAUACCAAGGAGAGGUCGAACCGGUGAUCAACCCUUCACUUCCAAUUUUGGGAUGAAGAUCGAGAUUCCAGAAUUUGAGGGAUCAACUCACCCUGACGUAUUCAUCGACUGGUUACACACCGUCGAGAGGGUUUUUGAUUUAAAAAACCUCACAGAUGAGCAAAAGGUGAAAUUAGUGGCAAUCAAAUUGAGGAAGCAUGCCUCAAUCUGGUGGGAACAUGUCAAGAAACAAAGAAUCAGAGAUGGAAAGUCUAAGAUUCAAAGAUGGGACAAGAUGAAGAAAUUGUUGCAACACAAAUUUUUGCCUGCUCAAUACAGACAAGAAGCCUUUAUUGAGUAUCACAAUUUCAGGCAACGUGACCUUACAGUGGAACAAUACACCACUGAAUUUGAUCGUCUUCGAAUGCGUUGUGACAUGGUCGAAGAAGAUGAACAAGUGAUUGCUCGAUAUCUAGGUGGAUUACGGGAUGAAAUUUCUGAUGUUGUGUACUUACAACAGUAUUGGUCUUAUGAAGAUGUGUGCAAACUGUCCUUGAAGGUGGAAGGACAAUGUAAAAGAAAGGGUGACCGUUCGAAGUUUCAAUCAAGAUUUCCUAGAAAAGAAUUCGGAGCUAAAUCAGUGAGUUCUUCAGCAACUUCACCUGCUGGAAGGAGUUCUAUGCCUCAAAAAAAUAUUCCCAACAAGGAAGGGUCGAUCAAAGGAGGUAGUACAGGAAAGAGGUGUUUCAAGUGCCAAGGAAUUGGACAUUUUGCUGCAGAUUGUCCAAAUAAACAGAUUGUGACAUUUGCAGAGGCUCCAAUUUUUGAUGAAGAACCAAUCUAUGACAAUGUCGAUGAACAAGAAGAAGCAGAAUCUGAAGAGGUGGGGAUUGUCUAUGCUGAUACCGGAGAAUCACUAGUCGUUCGGAGGGUCUUGAAUGUGGAUAUGGUGAAUGAUGAAACAUGGCUUCGACACAAUAUUUUCCACACCAAGUGCACCAGUAGGGGAAAAGUAUGCAGUGUGAUUAUAGACGGAGGGAGUUGUGAAAACGUGGUUUCUACCACUAUGGUAGAAAAAUUGGGGCUGAAAACAGAAGAACACCCACAACCGUACAAGCUGUCUUGGCUUAAAAAAGGGAAUGAGGUGAAAGUAACCAAAAGAUGCCUAGUGUGUUUUUCAAUUGGGAAAAGAUAUUCAGAUGAAGUAUGGUGCGAUGUCAUUCCUAUGGAUGCUUGUCACAUUUUAUUAGGCAGGCCAUGGCAGUUUGAUAGGAAGACAAAACAUGAUGGUUUCAAAAAUACUUACACCUUUAAGAAGGAUGGCCACCUUAUUACACUAGCACCUUCAGAUUGGAGGAAGGAUUUUUUAGAAGAAGUCAUUGGUGCAACUGAGAUAUUUGCACUAGUGGUGAUAGAAGGAAACGAUAAUGGUCCACAUAUUCCCUUGGAGAUUGAACCUUUACUGACAAAAUUCGCUGAUGUAAUGCCAGAGGAGAUGCCACCAAUAUUACCGCCUAUGAGAGAUAUUCAGCAUUGCAUAGACUUUGUUCUUGGAGCAGCCAUUCCAAAUAAGGCAGCUUACAGAAUGAGUCCCAAAGAACAUGCUGAGUUGCAGAAGCAGGUACAAGAAUUGCUUAAAAAAGGGGCGGUCCGCGAAAGCUUGAGUCCUUGUGCAGUACCAGCAUUAUUGGUUCCCAAGAAGGAUGGGUCAUGGCGAAUGUGCAUUGACAGCAGAGCUGUUAACAGAAUCACCAUCAAGUAUCGUUUUCCUAUUCCACGUUUUGAUGAUCUGAUUGACCAACUUCAUGGCGCAACUAUUUUUUCUAAAAUAGACUUGCGUAGUGGAUAUCACCAGAUCAGAGUUAGGCCUGCAGAUGAGUGGAAAACAGCCUUCAAAACAAGAGAUGGUUUAUAUGAAUGGAUGGUGAUGCCAUUUAGGUUGAGUAAUGCACCAAGCACCUUCAUGCGACUAAUGAACCAGGUUUUUCGAUCUUUCAUUGGUUAA